AUGAAGUUCUCCCUUCUCGCUGUCGCGGCCAUUGCUCCUAUGGUUUCGGCCCAUUAUUUCUUCGACACCCUCAUCAUUGACGGCAAGGAGUCCUCCGAGUACGUCCGCUCAAACACCCGUACCGCCAAGUACAACCCGACCAAAUGGGUCAAUUCCCGCGACGACAUGACCCCUGAUGUGCCAGACUUCCGCUGCAACAAGGGCGCCUUCAGCUUCGCUGACAAAACGGGUACCGCGGAGGUCAAGGCCGGAUCCAAGCUUGCCCUGAAGCUUGCCGUUGGUGCUACAAUGCAGCACCCUGGUCCUGCCCUCGUGUAUAUGUCCAAAGCUCCCAGCACGGCCAAGCAAUACCAGGGCGACGGCGAGUGGUUCAAGAUCCACCAAGAGAGCGUCUGCGACAAGAACAAGGACUUUACUAAAGACGCUUGGUGUACUUGGGACAAGGAUCGUAUUGAGUUCACGAUUCCUGCGAGUCUGCCUGACGGAGAAUAUUUGAUUCGACCGGAGCACAUUGGGGUGCACGGUGCCCAUGUUGGGCAAGCCGAGUUCUACAACACGUGCGCUCAAGUCAAGGUUGUCGGUGGUGGAAAUGGGACGCCCGGGCCUACCGUCAAAUUCCCCGGUGCUUACAAGAAGGAUGACCCUUCAUUCAACUUUAGUAUCUACAAUGGAUACAAGGAUUAUCCUAUGCCUGGUCCGGAGGUCUGGACCGGAGGGUCGGGCUCUAGCUCUGCUUCUGAGGUGGCUAACGUCAAUGCUACCGCUGCCGCUACCGCAAUCGCUACUACUUCCAACGAGGAACACGAGGACACCUGUGGGAGCCACUACGUUCGUCGUGCACACCCUCGCGCCUUCAGCUACUGA